AUGUCUUGGAAUGGCAGCACCCAUCUCUGCAGUUGGGAAGGUGUCCUGUGUUCAGUCAAGAACCCAAGUCGUGUCACUUCUCUUAACCUCACUAAUCGAGGUCUAGUAGGGCAAAUAUCCCCUUCACUUGGGAACCUAACAUUCCUCAAAGUCCUUGUCCUAUCGGCUAAUUCAUUCAGUGGAGAGAUCCCUAUCUCCCUUGGUCACUUGAAUCGCCUCCAGAUCCUCAGCAUGGAAAAUAACAUGCUGCAAGGAAGGAUACCUGCUCUUGCAAACUGCUCAAAACUAACAGAGCUAUGGUUGGCAAACAACCAACUAACCGGACAGAUUCCUGCAGAUUUUCCUCAGAGCCUUGAGAGUCUUGAUCUCACCACAAAUAAUCUUACUGGAACCAUCCCUGAUUCUGUUGCCAAUCUCACAAGGCUACAAUUAUUUAGCUGUGCCAUGAAUGAAAUCGAGGGGAACAUUCCAAAUGAGUUUGCAAACUUGCUGGGGCUGCGGAUCCUCCGCGUCAGUAUCAAUCAGUUGUCUGGUCAGUUUCCACAGGCAGUCCUGAAUCUUUCAAAUCUUGCUGUACUUUCACUUGCUGUAAACAAUUUCUCUGGUGUUGUACCAUCUGGUAUCGGUAACUCUCUGCCUGAUCUUGAGGCAAUAUUAUUGGAUGUCAACUUCUUUCAUGGGCAUAUGCCAUCUUCUUUGACAAACGCUUCCAAACUGAUCGUUAUUGAUAUAUCACGCAAUAACUUCACAGGCGUGGUGCCUAGCUCCUUUGGAAAACUUUCUAAACUAUUAAGUCUAAAUCUUGAACGCAAUAAUCUCCAAGCGCAAAACAAACAAGACUGGAGGUUUAUGGACAGCUUAGCCAAUUGCACUGGUCUAAAUGCAUUCUCGGUAGGAUAUAACUAUCUUACGGGUAAAGUGCCGAAUUCUGUAGGUAAUCUUUCCAGUCAGCUCCAGGGUCUAUACUUGGGAGGAAACCAACUCACAGGGGAUUUUCCUUCUGGUAUAGCAAACCUUCGUAACCUAGUCACUGUCAGUUUGUUUGACAAUAAAUUCACCAGUGUGCUUCCAGAGUGGCUUGGGACUAUUCACAGUCUGCAAGUAGUACAGUUAACCAACAAUUUCUUUACAGGGCCCAUUCCAUCAUCCUUCUCAAACCUGUCUCAAUUGGUGUCGCUCGCUCUAGAAUCGAACCAGUUAAAUGGAGAGAUACCGCCAAGCCUAGGGAACCUCCAAGUGCUUCAGGCACUACUCAUUUCUUUCAACAAUCUUCAUGGCACUAUACCGAAAGAAAUCUUUGCAAUUCCAACAAUAGUGAGAAUUAGCUUAUCCUUUAACAGCCUACAUGGACCACUUCAUGCCGACAUUGGGAAUGCCAAACAACUCACAUAUUUGGAAAUCUCAUCAAACAAUCUGUCUGGAGAGAUACCUAGUACUUUGGGUAAUUGUGAAAGUUUGCAAAUUAUCGAGCUGGGAAAUAAUUUUUUCAGUGGAAGCAUCCCGCCUUUGCUUGGUAAUAUAAGUAACCUAAAUAAUCUCAACUUAUCUCAUAAUAACCUGACUGGGUCAAUACCAGUAGCUCUUAGUGGCCUACAGUUCCUUGAGCAACUUGAUUUGUCAUUCAACCAUCUAAAGGGUGAGGUGCCAACAAAAGGAAUCUUCAAGAAUGUGACAGCUUUAUGGAUUGAUGGAAAUCAGGGGCUUUGUGGUGGACCACUGGGCUUACACCUACUUGCAUGUCCUACCAUGCAACCAAAUUCAGCUAAGCACAAGCUUUCAGUUAUCCGAAAAUCCUGGCAGCCAUAUGAUCUUGUUAGAGCGACAGAAGGCUUUGCAACAUCCAAUCUAAUUGGUCAGGGAAGAUAUGGUUCCGUCUAUCAAGGAAAAUUGUCUCCAGACGGAAAAUCCGUUGCUGUCAAAGUCUUCAGUCUAGAGACAAGAGGAGCACAAAAGAGCUUCAUUGCAGAGUGCAGCGCUUUGAGAAAUGUGCGGCAUCGCAAUCUAGUUCGUAUCCUAACUGCAUGCUCAAGCAUUCAUCCUAAUGGAAAUGAUUUCAAAGCUUUGGUGUAUGAGUUCAUGCCACGAGGAGACCUGCAUAACUUGUUGUACUCGGCUCGAGACAGUGAAGGCUCUCCAUAUUUUAUCCCACUAGCUCAGAGAUUAAGCAUCAUGCUGGAUGUAUCAGAAGCUCUGGCGUAUCUACACCAUAACCACCAAGGAACCAUUGUACAUUGUGAUCUGAAACCUAGUAACAUUCUUCUGGAUGAUAAUAUGGUAGCUCAUGUUGGAGACUUUGGGUUAGCAAGGUUCAAAAUUGACUCAACAGCAUCAUCUUUUGUUGACUCAAGUUGUAGUUCUUCAGUUGCAAUCAAGGGAACCAUUGGAUACAUUGCUCCAGAAUGUGCUGUGGACGGUCAAGCUUCGACUGCGGCAGAUGUCUACAGCUUCGGAGUUAUUCUUCUCGAGAUGUUCAUCCGUAGGAGCCCAACAGAUGAAAUGUUCAAAGAUGGGAUGGACAUUGCAAAGUUAGCAGAGAUCAACUUGUCUGAUAAUGUGUUGCAGAUUGUUGAUCCACAGUUGCUGCAAGAGAUGAAUCACAGUGAGGACAUUCCAAUGGCGAUCAGGGACAGUGGACCACAAAUUCUGCAGUCUGUGCUGAGCAUUGGACUCUGUUGCACCAAGGCAUCCCCCAACGAGCGCAUCAGCAUGGAGGAGGUGGCUGCCAAACUACAUGGGAUCCAGGAUGCAUAUAUCAGAGGAAAUUGGAGGAGCAGUCCAUCAGCUAGCUAA